AUGGGAGUCGAUGAAGAGGUUCAGAAUAUCUACUACAGUAUCUACAAUAUCAAUUUGACACUAGUCAACUUAGACCAAGGAUUAGGACAACUCGUCGACGGCAUGAAUUUCGGACUUGGCGUUUUUGAUCAACAUGUCAAUAUGGUUGUUGGAAAAGUGAAUGAUGUACAGAACAAUGUCAACUCAAAGCUCACAUUGUUUCCAAGUGAAUGGGUCUACUUGUUUGUUCUUAUGUUUAUUGUUCUUGUUCUACUUGGAUUAGUCGGUUAUCUCCUCUACUACAUUGUCAAUUAUAUUCUGAAUCGACAUGAUAGAUACGAAGAAUAUCGCAUGUGGUAUCUGAAAAAUGUGAUGAAGCAAGAUAUUGACGACUGGGAAGAAGAUGAUGAAUUCGCUGAAGGAUUCUAUUCACUCAGUGAUGACACACCUCCGCCCACGUAUAGUGAAUAUGUGCAGACUGCGGACUUGUAUGCAAACUAUCAUGAUGAAGUGGAAGCUCAACGCAAAUCCAAUCAAUUCAGUUCUCGAAUCGGUCGACCUCGUGGCACCGGCAAAGAAUACAACACUCUCAUUUGA